AUGGCGGCGAAAACUGAAAACGCGAACUCGUGGGUUUACAGAGGCGAGGGGAACCGGUGCUUGGCGGUCGGGAACUCAUUUUCCAACGAAGUUUACCUUCUAACAAAGCUCAGAGACAAAGUCAGCUCGCACGAGGUGUGUGCAGAUGUAAAAAGAAGCGUACAAAACGAAGUUGACUUUGGAAGGUGUGUUCUGCGGCCUCUGAUAGGUGAAAAGUACGUGCCAGUCGGGAAAGUUGUGUGCGUGUCAAAAGACUUUCUAUCCCAGAUUGAGGAGAAGAUGAGGAAACACAGGUCCAGCAGACGACUUUUGGAGAAACUAGACCCUGCUGGGUUUGCCGUUUGCCUACCAGAUGCCUGUAGUCUUCCAAAGGUGGUAGGGUCCUAUGGACACGGCCCUGUUGUCUGUGUUGAAGUGAAACCUAAAACUGGGUUUCUACCAAGGAGUUCUACCAUACCUGUUGCUCAUCACAAGAUACGGCAGUCUGUAUGCCGCUACUGCAUGCAGCAGUGCUUGAAGCUCCACCAGGGUAAAAUACAGGAGAGGUCACAGUACUGCCCCCUAGACCUCUUCUCUGGUACUGCAUGCCGCAUGGACUUGGCCAUCAAGGCUUUGGUGCGGAAUCCUCAGAACAACUUCAAAGUGUUCCGGGAUGGGCACGUGAUCUACUCAGGUGAUACUGAAAACCAUCAACAACCACUACAGGACUGCCUCACAGCUCUAUUUACUGGCAACGACAAAGACAGUAAAUAUGCACUCCCAGGUGAUUUGGGAACACAAAAAAUUGAUGGCCUUGUUGACAGAUUUUCAGAACUGUUGAGACAGAUGCUGGUUCAUCCAUUGGACGAGUCUGAGAGUUGCUAUGGCAACACCACGCCCAGUACAACCCCUGAGUGCUGUACAGAAAGUCGGGCAAAACUGCAACAAGGAGACUCACAACUCGGUUUGGUCCCAGGCAGUGUUUUAUACAACAUUCUGCACGCCCAGCAGUUAGAUGUGCUGGACAUUGAAGGAAUCUACCCACUAUACCAGAGACUAGUCGCCCACCUAGACGCACACCCAGAGGAUUGGGACACGUGGUGUUUGAAAGGGCCAUACGACAACACUCAAUGGACAGUGAACCAUAAUGUUGUCAAGAAAUGUAUAGAGAACAUAGACUCGAUAGAGUCAGUGGUUGCAUUGGUGAAAGCAUUUCUAGUUUCUCUGACAGCUAAAGACGGCUCCGUUAUGGUGGCGAUGCAGAGGGUAGAAAACGGUGCAGAUGUUACGUUACCUGUGGUGACAGAUACCGUUGGUAACAAGUACAUGUUCAACAUACAAGUUGUUGACACCAAACCCAAACCCCUGCACAGGAUUCAGAAGUACUUCAGUCUGAACAAGGAUAUUGUGCAGGCAUAUAUUCAGACUGUUGGCUAUUCAAGUGAUGGCACUAUUGUCAAACAGGAGGCAAGUGAGGAAAGUGUUAAAUAA